AUCAAAAUUAAAAUUAGUCUCCAACUAAAUUCCAAAUAUUCAAAUAAAAAAAUUGGUCUCCCCACUUCCGUUCAAGUGAACACUCUGUCUUGUCUCCACUGAUUCUCUGGUGCGUUUCUAGGGUUUUGUUCCCUUCAAAUCUCCAAUAAAGACAUUGUCUUCCCCCUUUUCCCCUGUUCCUUCUCUUCGCGGCUUACCCAAAACCCUAAUUUUGGAUUCGAUUGCGUCACAGUUAGGGUUUAAGAUUCGCCAGCUGAUUGUUUCCCUAACAUGGUUUUCGUCAGAUGAGGUGUGAAUUUAUGGGAUGUGAAUUUCUAGCGUUUUUGAGCUCCGCGUCUGUCAAUGGGAGCGCUAACUAGCAAUCGUAAGCGAGGGGACGAGUGUUUGAGCUUCAAUUGUGCGCAACCAUCUCUGAAUUUGCCGAAUUUUCAAAGCUCGAAGCGUCACAGAUUGUCUCAUAUGAAUCAGAGCCCGAACCGACUCAUUAUCUCGUCUAAAAGCCCCGGUUCAAGGCUCUCUCGGUACCCUGAUAUAAAGCCGCCGUUGCCUAGAGUUCACGCCCCUUGCAGAACACAAAAAUUCGGGUCCUUUCGCGAUUCGAGUUCGAAAUCCAGAGGGGUUCCUGAGGGGCGGUCGUGUGACAUAAUGGGCAAUAUACUGAGUUACCAUUUGGACAAGGCAAAGAGCGAUGCCUUCGGUGCAUUUCGGUAUUCAAGCAAGGACAAGGAGGUCAUUGAAUUGGAUAAGAAGGUUGAAGAUGACCGGGUUUCUGAGGAUUCGAGCAUAGAAGAAGUUGUGGCUAUAAAGGAAGAUGACCAAGAAGGGCCUUCUGUGGUCGAUUAUGGGCAGGAUUUGGAGACGAAGAUGGUUGAUUGUGGAACUCAGGUUACCCAUCCAUCGGCUUCUUCAGUGGUUCCAGACUUGCCCACAACUACGAACGCCCCUUUCAAAGUGGACAGUGCAGGGAAGAUGUUGGACUCACUGUCGCUGAAUCAUGAUGCAGGUGUGCCAAGUAAGGCAGCAUACAAGCUGUUGAUUGAGAGUGUAGAGAGGCGAACUCCGAAAUUGAAACAUUUGGAUUCCCAGAUUGACUUCCAUUGGAAGAAACGGUCUAUGCUUGAAUCGCUGCGUCCACAAAAGAAACCCGAGGAGGUUGUGCCCGUUGAACCAUUUGUCCCUCUUAGAAAGGAGGAAGUGGCCCAGAUUGAGCAAGCAUUUUCGUCCUCCAACCGGAGGAGGGUCUUGGUAACUCAUGAGAACUCGAACAUAGAGAUAACAGGUGAACUUCUGCAGUGCCUUAGACCACGCGCAUGGUUGAAUGAUGAGGUCAUAAACGUCUACUUUGAAUUGCUGAAAGAGAGGGAGAAGAGAGAACCGCAAAAGUUCUUAAAAUGUCAUUUCUUCAACACAUUUUUCUACAAAAAGUUGAUAAGUGGGAAAGGUGGCUAUGAUUAUAAAUCUGUCAGAAGGUGGACUACCCAAAGAAAGCUGGGAUACAGCCUCAUUGAUUGCGACAAAAUAUUUGUUCCCAUCCACAAAGAAAUACAUUGGUGCUUGGCAGUUAUUAACAAGGUAGAUCAGAAGUUACAGUAUCUUGAUUCACUCAAAGGAAGGGAUACCCAAGUGAUGAGAAUAUUGGCUAAGUACUACGUUGAUGAAGUGAAGGACAAGAGUGGAAAGGAUAUCGAUUUGAGUUCUUGGGAAUUAGAAUAUGUUGACAACCUUCCUGAGCAGGAGAAUGGGUAUGACUGCGGCGUUUUCAUGGUUAAAUAUGCUGACUUUUAUAGCAGGAAUGUUGGGCUCUGUUUCAAACAGAAACACAUGCCAUAUUUUCGAUCGAGAACAGCGAAGGAGAUCCUAAAUUUGAGAGCAGACUGAUUGUGUCUACGAAGGUAGCUUUUGACAUGCUGUAGUACCAAUUAAGAGAGCGAUUAGCAACUAAUAGAUGUCAUCAGGAAGUAGGUGUGCCAAUCAAUGUGUACAUUUUAUUCAUAUAACGUUAAUGCCAGUCACGUGCCAGCUUCGUAUUUUUUGAAUGAUUUGAGAGUUGUCUGGGCGAGGUGAGUCCUGUAAGUCGAGGCUUAUCAGAGCACGAUGCAGAGAGUUUCAGAAGCUUUCGGUAUAACCUGAACACAAGUCCUAGACUGCAAGUUUCCUUUUGGUCCUUGUAUCUUAGCCAUUUGCCUUUUGUCUGUGAUUUAAGUUAGUUUAACAAUUGUAAGACAAGUUUUCUAAGGAAUAUCAAAGUUUCAUCUGUUUGGGCCAAUAUUUUGGCAGUAGACUAUA